GGAGGGCUCCCGGGCCAGGGCGGGUGCGGGCGGCGAGGCGGGCGGCGGAGGCGCGGAGGGAGCGGGGCGGCCAGGGCGCUGCAGCCGGCGGCGUCGGGGCCUCGGCCUCCGCCCGUGGCGCGCUCCACGCCUCUGGUCUCUGCGCCCAGGGCGCACCGUGGGGACUCACACGGCGCCGGCCGCCCAGCCGCCAUGGAGCCGGCCCCCUCCACCGACGCCGAGCUGCAGCCCCCGCUCCUCGCCACCGCUUCGGACGCCUUUCCCAGCGCCUUCCCCAGCGCGGGCACCAAUGCGUCGGGGCCGCCCGGCGUCCGCAGCGCCUCGUCCCUCGCCCUGGCCAUCGCCAUCACCGCGCUGUACUCCGCGGUGUGCGCCGUGGGGCUGCUGGGCAACGUGCUCGUCAUGUACGGCAUCGUCCGGUACACGAAGAUGAAGACAGCCACCAACAUCUACAUCUUCAACCUGGCCUUGGCAGAUGCACUGGCCACCAGCACGCUGCCCUUUCAGAGCGCCAAGUACCUGAUGGAGACGUGGCCUUUUGGGGAACUUCUCUGCAAGGCUGUGCUCUCCAUUGACUACUAUAAUAUGUUCACCAGCAUCUUCACUCUCACCAUGAUGAGUGUGGACCGCUAUAUUGCUGUCUGCCACCCUGUCAAGGCCCUGGAUUUCCGCACGCCCGCCAAGGCCAAGCUGAUCAACAUCUGCAUAUGGGUCCUGGCGUCAGGUGUUGGUGUACCCAUCAUGAUCAUGGCUGUGACCCGUCCCCGGGACGGAGCCGUGGUGUGCACGCUCCAGUUCCCCAGCCCCAGCUGGUACUGGGACACGGUGACCAAGAUCUGCGUGUUCCUCUUCGCCUUCGUGGUGCCCAUCCUCAUCAUCACCGUGUGCUACACCCUGAUGCUGCUGCGCCUGCGCAGUGUGCGCGUGCUCUCGGGCUCCAAGGAGAAGGACCGCAGCCUGCGGCGCAUCACGCGCAUGGUGCUGGUGGUGGUGGGCGCCUUCGUGGUGUGCUGGGCCCCCAUCCACAUCUUCGUCAUCGUCUGGACGCUGGUGGACAUCAACCGGCGCGACCCGCUCGUGGUGGCCGCGCUGCACCUGUGCAUUGCGCUGGGCUACGCCAACAGCAGCCUCAACCCCCUGCUCUACGCCUUCCUGGACGAGAACUUCAAGCGCUGCUUCCGCCAGCUCUGCCGCUGGCCCUGCGGCCGCCAGGAGCCCGGAGGCUUCAACCGCGCCCGGGAAGCUACGGUCCGCGAAAGGAUCACCGCCUGCACCCCGUCCGAGGGUCCUGGUGGCACCGCUGCCUGACCAGGCCCGGCUGGCCCACCUGGCGGUCACCCCGAGUGCUAAGGGGGGUGGGGGCCAGGGCGCCGCAGGAGGAGAAAGGGGGCCUCUGUUUGGAAAAACAGACCCGGGCUUGAGAUGGGCCAGGGGCCCAGAGAUGGGGCCCCUGAGGUGGGUGGACCUCUGGGCGGGGCAGAGGGCUGGGCAGUGGGCUGUGCCACUGGACUGAGGGCCUGGUCAAAGGCUCUGGGUGGAGGAGGAGCUGCCGACUCCUAGGGAGGAGGACCUGUGGCUCUAGACCUGGGCGGAUAAGUAGGGCCUUUACUGUGGGGAGAGCUUCACGUUCCAACCCUGAGCUGGGCUUGCCAGUGAGGGUGCGGACUGAGCCCUGAAGAUGCCCGGCCAGGACCCAUGGGGCAGUGGUGGGGACAGUGGCUUGAGGAU